CCGGCCCCUAUCUCAUCGCGAAGCCCUCGCGAAGAUACAUAGUGAGCUAUUGUAUGCUUUACGGCGGACCAAGACGGUAUUGUGGCAGUUUGCGAACGGAAUCUCGGUUUCCUGAGAAAAUAACACUGAUUUUUAGUGAUUGUGAAUCUCUGUAUUCGUCGAACUAUUGAUAAAAGAAAAAGAGCGUUGGUAAAAUCUGUGUGGUAGGCCUAAAGCUGGAUACUUAGGAUUAAUAUCUUAGUACUAUCCUAAGGAUGAACGACGUUAAGAUGGCCAAUGCUGGUACUCAAAACUCGCAUUCACGACAUGUUAACUACGGCCAUGGAGCUAAUCAAGACAAGAAGAAUGGGACUCAUGGUAAUAUGGCUAACAAUCUGAAAACGAAUAAGAAAUGGGUUCGAUUAGCGACUGUUUUUGCAUAUGUACUGUCUGUUUCUCUUGUCGCUAUUGUACUCGCAAUAUAUUACAGCUUCGUAUGGGAACCAUCUCCGACGCCUGAACAAUGCACGGCUACAACUACACCUUCUACAAUGUCUACACCUUCAACUGGAGCGUAGUAAGAAGAUGAUGUAAAGGAUUUACACUUUAAGUUCAGUUCUGUCUAUGAU